UAAAUAUAUUUCUUGCGUUUAUGUUUUAGACAAAUCUGCAGGGAAUACGGAAGAAGUAAAACACACAGAAGGAACAAAAACAACAGAGACAACAACUGUAGAACCAGUUACGACAAAAACAACAUUGACCACCAAAACAACAACCGUAGAAACAACAACAGCAUCUACGACGACGCCGUCAACGACGAUAACUGCAGCAUCAACAACUUCAACCACGUCUUCAACUGUGUCGGCUACUUCUAUAUCAACACCGUCCACAACAAAAAAGACCUCACAGAAUAGCACUUUGCCUACAUCUUCUGCUACAGCAACAACAACCGUGACGCAAUUGCCUACGAACAACCAAACUUAUGUUACUACGCCGCAGAAAGUAACAACAGACACAAUUACUACACCAACAGGAACAAAGCAAAGUAAUUUAUCCGUCUCUAUGUCAGAGAUUCUUUACCAUCCCGAUGAUGUUAAAUCAGUGACCUUGAGUUGUGAAGGUCGUCACCAAGGUAACUGGAGAACGCUGACAAUCAGACGACAGUUCAAGGACGGCUACGAGCCAGUCGCUGUAGCCGUGCUUAAUGAACUAAAUGAAGUUGAAGUGUUUAAGUUUUAUCCCAAUGUGACUCAUGUGAUCAACAUUAAUGAAUUUGACGUGACAUUGAUUAUAACAUUUGACCCUUUUCUGUGCGCUGAACUUACCAAUUUUACGUGUGCAAUGGUAAAUGAAGACGAGGCAGCGUCCACAAGGGCAAAUAUUUCGAUUUACAUGCCAGAACCAGUUAUUAUCCUACCUCAUGCAAUAGUUGAAGACAGGAAAAUAACUUUACGUUGUGUCACCGAAGUUUGGGGAUCCAGCGCUACUGUCGUCUGGAAAUUCAAACCGGAAUUCGGUACGAGUUUCAUGGACUUUAGCGUUUCACCAGUAAAUAACGUGACUAUGAAAAACUGUUCCACAGUGAUUAACAGUAGUUUGGAGUUUAAUCCGAGCAUGUUUGAGGAUGGUGCCAACUUCCGGUGUGAGGUACAGGAUAAGUUUAACCCACAAGUUGUUCAACAGACCAGUGCUGACGUCACGUUAAAAGUUGUUCCUAGCAAUUAUUGCGAAGGAAAGCGACAGUUCACAAUCCACCCUCAUCCUCAUGGACCUUGCACCUUAGUGGUUUAUUGUCUAGAUACGGGUCCGCUUGUAUAUGAAAUUGAAUGUGAACAAGGACAUUGCUAUGACUAUGUGAAAACAGCGUGUGUGCCUGCCAAUGAAAUAAGGAAAUAGACACAACUGCUUUAUUACGGUUUUAGAACGGCCCUUGAUGGGCGUAAUUCAGGCAAAUCAUGGGAUAUGAAGCUGUGAUUAAAAAUUGAAUUUGCUGUACAAACUUUCAGUUAAUAUACAGGGUACUUUUUAAAGUGUUGUAAGCAAAGAUCGUUUGAUUCUCGUAAAGGAAAGACAUGACCGUUUAUAUUUUUUAUAUUUUGUUUGCAAUAUGUAUGUGGAUCCACAAAGAAGGACAUUUAGUGGAUAAAUGUACAGUGUGGUUACAGAUCUUUUAUUAAUUAUACAUGUAUAUGUAUGGCUACACGUCACAAUUUACCGAAAUGAAUAUUGGAAAAUGACUACCCGUGCGGAUAACAGAAAACUCUUAUUGCAAAAAGUAGAUGCCUCUUAGAGCAAAAAGUUAAAGACCUUUUUAUGCCUCAGAAAUGCUCUCAUUUGUUUUCUCAAAAACUGUUUAUGUUUGGUUUUCACUUACCAUAUACAUGAACUAUAUUUUG